GGGCUUUCAAUGGAAAGUUGUACCGCGCAGGCGCAGUACGGGUCAAAGGGGGUCAACCGGAGUCAAUCAAAAAGUUUUUGUUCACAUGAUUCUUCCGGAACUGCGGCGUGCACAAGUUUCCAGAACUUCGCCAACAGUCAAUGUUACGUCUUCUCCAGCCCGAUCAACAACACAUGAAGUCAUGAGGGCAGGCUCUAUCCAGAGGCCUACCACACGUAGUCGGGCAAACUCCAGAAAACUUCAGUCUCCGCUGAAGGCGACAAGUCCGCAGCGACCGACAUCGAAACUGACCAACGGAGGUACCAGCUGUGGAGAGUGGACGAUAAAGGCGAAAGACCAGUCGGAGCAGGCAGCUUUAGCCUUGCACAAGGCCCCGGGCCUGAGGGUCUCCCCACGUAUCCACAAGCCUGCUGUCAAUGGGGCGGUGCCUGGGCUCACCAAUGGGUGCACCAGGACUGACAAAGACACGGAUGUAAAUGAAGUAUUGGAGGUGAGCGCCGGGAACAAGAAAGGUGUCUGGAGGAACGGGCGGAAGACAGAGGCGUCCGAGGUGGUCAAAAGUCGCCAAGAGGACCACACUAGUGACCAGGAGAACAGCAGUGCAAAUAAGAUGGAUGGCCCUGACAAUGGGGACAAAAGGUUGAGAACAAGAUCAAAACGAGGACAGUCAGAAUCAUCAAUGCCAGACCAAAGCACCUAUGGAUGUCCUCUUGCCGCCAAAAGAAGAAAACUUGCCAGGCAAGGUUCGGACAAGAGCAAGAAGUCAACCGACAAACAGUCCUCCUCCACGAGCGAGGAUCUGAUGGAGGCUGAGGAGUAUCCCUCAUCAGACGUAGAACUGACCAAUCAGAACGAUCCCAAUGAUGGGGAUGACCAGUCCAAUGUCAUGGAACCCGAGAGUGCAGAAGGCUCGGAAGCUGCGCUGGAAGAGGAGCAUAUCAGGAAUGAUACUGCGCCACCCCCUCCCUUAGAAAGCCCUGACGAGAACUUUAAGAGCUACGAGGAACUUGUAGCGAGAUCGUUGAUAAGUCUCAAAAAGGCAGCUUCAGAGCAGAUAGAACAACAACAACAACAACAACAACAACAGCAGCAUCUACAGCAGUCGGCGGAGGGUCAAAGUCAGUCUCCAGAUAAUUCCAGUGAUCAGCAACAGCAUUCCUCCGUAGCAAGCUCCCCACAGAGCGAACAUUCCAGUGUAGGGUUCAGCCAGGACUACUCUGAGGAACGCAGUAGCCAGAACUCUGUGGACAUUAGGGACGAGAUUGAUGAGAACAAGUAUGACGAGGAUGAGAGAGAAGCGAUCAGUGGACUGGAGACUCUGCGUAGCCAGUGUGACAGUCUGGCGCGACAGCUCAGCACAGAGCUGGUUACCUUGGACUGUGGGAGUGGGAACUCCUCUCUGAACGGGUCCGGCGGGAGCUGGGUGCUCGACAUCGACGGCCAGAGAGGUAAAAAGCAACGCGAGCCAGAUGACGACAGUUCAUCUAGUUCAGACAGUAGCAGCUCGUCGUCAUCCUCUACAUCCUCGUCUCCCGCCAACUCCCCCCCUCCCAGCCCCGAACCCUGCAAACACUCCGAUAUCAAGGACGACCACUAUGCUGGGAAACCCUACUCCGUAGAAAACAUCACAGGUGCUGAGAUUCCCAGGACGACAUUGGAACAGCCUCUCCCUCUGGCGAGAGAAAACAUCGCCGUUAUCAAACCUAAAGUGGAACUUGAGCGGAUAGCGGAGGGUCUGACAACCAUCAACCCUGUCGGUGUGUCACCGUCUGCGAAGGAGAAUGUUCCACAGUCGAGGCAGGACUUUGUGGUGCCAAAGGUUCCAAAGACUCCACAAGGGACUGUACGGAAAGAGAGAGAAGGUGACAGCAAGUGUCCGACGCCAGGCUGCAAUGGUACGGGUCAUGUGACAGGGCUGUACUCUCACCAUAGAAGUCUGUCAGGAUGUCCUCACAAAGACAAGAUACCACCUGAGUUGGCCGAAUCAUUGUGCAGUACAAACAAAGAAACAUGCCCCACACCAGGCUGUACAGGAAGAGGACAUGUCAACAGCAACCGGAAUUCUCACAGAAGUUUAUCUGGUUGCCCCAUUGCUGCAGCACAGAAGCUCAACAAGCAGCAGACUAAAUUACAGCCACAUGUGGAGAACAAGACACCGCCAGGUGUACCUUCUGAUAGGGUCCUGAGACCAAUGUGCUUUGUGAAGAAACUGGACGUGGCUCAAUAUGGCUACCCACCCGUCGUUUCCCCUGCUAUCCCUAGGACCAACCUUGCCAAGGAGCUUGAAAAGUACGCCAAGCUCACGCCCAUGGAGUACACUCCAUACGACCCAGCGGCGUACCUAGGGAAGCGUGCCAUUGCGCCCAAGCUUCCAGCUCACGAGAAGAAGCCGCCACAGGCACAGCCACAGCCGCCACCUCAGCCCAUUUUUGCAAAGCCACCGACACCGAUGUCUGUCUCCCCCGUCUCUGUUUCCGUCUCUACACCGACGCAGAAGGUGGAGUACCGUAUCGACCCAAACGCGGCGCGCAUGGCGGCGACCGCCAUCAACCUCUCCACAAAGCCCCAGCCUCCGCCUCAACAACAGACAAUGCCGAUGAGUCCAACGACGCCGACCAGCGAACAGAACUUGAUCGUCGACCAGAAUGGAACUCUUGACCUGAGCAUGAAGUCCAAUCAGAGUCAGAAUCAGAGCCAGACUGCCACGGCGGUCACCCCCCCUCCCCAGUCCACCCAGGACGACAGGUUUAUGUACCAGAGGCCGAGUGUGGUGGUCAGCACCAAGAACCUUAACAUGUCAUCGUACUCUCAGGACAAUUACAGCACCGAAUCCCUAACGUACGGCUUGAGCUCGCCGACCUACACGACCUCCAUAACAUCUGGCAGGACGGACUUCAACCAGGGAUAUGUCCUCAGCCCCAUUAAGAAGCCUGAGAAGACGUGUCCCACCCCGGGCUGCGAUGGGUCAGGUCACGUGUCGGGUAAUUAUGCCUCACAUAGAAGCCUGUCGGGCUGUCCUCGUGCUGACAAGAGCCAGAUCGUGGCCAACCAGCAGGAAAUGAAGUGUCCGACGCCCGGCUGUGAUGGCUCAGGACAUGCUACUGGGAACUACUCUUCCCACAGAAGCUUGUCUGGCUGUCCUCGUGCGAAGAAGAUGAAAAACUUGCUGAAGGAAAAGGAGAACGAGAACGGAGCUGAGCCAAUAAGACUUGGCUGCCACAUGACUAGCCCGAAUGACCACACGAAGCAGUCUGUCACAGCCAUUUCCAGCUUCCAAGUGGAAGGGUGCCCAGUACCGGGGUGUGAUGGGUCAGGACAUGUCUCUGGGAAGUACGUCACGCACAGGAGUGCUUCUGGAUGCCCUUUAGCGGCCAAGAAGGGCUUCAAUAUCAGCAUGUUCCGUGAUGAAAAUGGUGAGUGCAAGGAUGUCCCCGGGUAUUGGAGAUCACCUGUCCAAUCUUCCAGCUCCUACGACCUCCCUUUAUCCAGCCAGUGGAGCAGGCCGAGAAUGGACGGGCUGGUGUGCCCCACCCCGGGGUGUGAUGGUUCAGGCCAUGCCAACGGCAGCUUCCUCACACACAGAAGUUUGUCUGGCUGUCCCCGCGCCACUGCUGCAAUGAAGAAGGCCCGCCUAACCUCAGAAGAGAUGAACACCAUUAAGUACAAGGCCAGCAAUGGUAUAGAGAACGAUGAGGACAUCAAGAAGCUGGAGCAGGAGAUCACAGAGCUGCAGUCCUCCAACUCCCACAUGGAGGCGCAGAUGAUCAAGUUGAGAACACAGAUCACGUCAAUGGAGAACAAGGUACAGCAGGGGGAGAAGGAAAACAAGGCGAUAGAGGAUAAGAACAUCAGCCUGAAGGAACAUCUGGAGUUUCUACGGUCCAACCUCAUCCAACACUUACAGGAGAUCAAGCUUCCAGGGACAAACGAAGGCCCUACUGAGGAGAACUUUGACUCCUACAUCUCAUCCCUACGGAACCUCUGCCUGGAGAACUACACUUCUGAAAACAAGGCACUCUUCCAGGCUGUUAAGGCUGCAUUAGAGGACUUUGAUGUGAAGGUUUGAUUUCUUGAUAAGACAUUCUCCCCUUGUCGGCAACAAAAGUAGCAUUUUAGAUACAAGGCUGUGAUUGGGUUGUUUCGGCCGAUGGGCUAGUGAUGUACUGUGAAUUGGAAAAGCCGGCCCGAUUGGCUGAUUUCUUAUGAUGAUCAUGUUAUGGCAACCAUUGUAUUUUAAAUCCUAGGUUGUGAUUGGGAAAUGAUGAAAUCAGGUUGGAUUAUAAAUGAUUUUGACUUUUUCUUGAUACAGCAGUUAAAAUUAAUUGUUUCAACAUGUUGUUUUAAUGUGGAAGACAUGGAGUCUUUUUAUAAUGUUAGAAAUCCUUUUAGAAAUCUCCUCAAAGAUAUUUAGGAAAAGUUUAUUAUACAGUAUAACAUCAAACAAGUGCAACAGAGACAGAAUUAUGUAAAACUUGCAGUACUUGAUAGAUGAAGUUUUGUUCCAAACAAAAAAUGCAUAAUGUUAUGUAUCACAUCAUUCACAUGCUACAUUUGUACAUGUAUGAAUGAAUUUCAACAUUGUAAAUACGACAUUAGUACAAAAGUGGUAUAAUUGUGAUGUAUUAGACUUCUAUGAUGCAUUGUGACAUAUCCGUUGUGCAUUUGGAUUAUGUGGUAUGAAUACUAUUUAAUACGAUAUGCAGAUUUAGUUAACAAAUGUUUUAAUGAUUCUAGGAACAUAGGAACAUACUUUGAAUGACAAUGAUGUUUAAUGAUAGCACACAACACUUGCAGUACAUAAGCAUGCAAUCAUUGCUUUGCUAAACAUAUGAGAGAUAUAUGGGUACCAGGCACAGCCUAAUGGCUUGAUAGCAGUGUAAUAUAUACAUGCUAGACCUUCCUUGACUCAACUGUUGGUUAGAUACAGUUGUGGAAUAGUAGUCACAUAGAUGUCACCACACCUGUACAUGGCUGCCUCCUGAUUCAGCUGUAAACUGUGACCCCCUACUUUCUGUCCUCCAUGAUAGCUCAUAUUGAAACUCUGCAGUGCUUAAAUAACAUGAUAGGGGUGUUAGUGAAGUUUUACACAUGUAGUAACAUAACUUGUCUAAUGCCGAACAUUUUGGUAUGGUUGGCAGAAUUCUGAACAGACAACUUAAAGUUUAUAACUAUCUUUUGCUGAAACUUCUUUAUCUAUUUAUUAGUAUUAUUCCCAGAUGCCCCAUUCAGUGCCCGUGUCAGAAAACCAAACUAGAGGUAACCACAAUAGCAUGUGUAAUAGUGACAUUUCUGAUAAGCUACAUUCUGUACAGACUAUAACAGUAUUCAAAAAGUCAACCAAUCAGUUGUAUAGAUAUUCCUACAUGUCAGUUAUGAUGUGGAUAGUGCAAUGAAGGAACAGAUAUUGUGAUACACAGCAGAAAACCCCAUCUGUUUACUCUCAUACAUUCCAAACUAUACUCAUUGUAGAUAACACAAUCACAUACUAGGUGCAAUCACAUGAUAUAUCUCAUUUUGUAAUGUGAAAGCUGAACUAGGUCCAAAGAGGGGAGUCAAGGUUGGAGCAGACAGCACACUGGUCUGGUUUUUGUGGUAUAUACACGGAGAUGGAAAAUGAUUUUUCAAACAUACCUUCCAGUACACAUCAUGUAUGUGGCAAGUCUUCAUGUUACCUGAUAUAAGACAUUUUCCAUUUCUCUGAACCAAAAGGAAGAUGAACUAGGACACAUUUUACUAGCUAUACAGUUGUGUGUUGUGGUUAGACCAACUUCAAUUUCUACGUAGACAGACUGCUUCAGUCAAGGACUUUCCUAGUUGUGUCCUGGGAGGGAUUUUUACUCACCAAACAAGUCAUGAAGAUAUUUAGGUACAAGUAAUUGGUAUGGUUUUAGCUACUGCUGUAUAAACUGAGAGAACUAAUAGGUAAUAUGGACAACAGACUGUAGCUCACUCUUUCUGGCGAAAUGGGCAUUCCUCCAGGCAUUUAAAUGUUUUCUAAAGAUGGUUGAGUUUUAAAUCAACCACGUUAGGUACGUUAUGGUAAUACAGUGAGCGGCUUCUGAUUGGUGGCAAUCUAGAUUAAGCAUCACAUUGUGCAGUUGAUCAUUUUUGUGGACAUUUUGCAUUGUGGCAAGCUUAGCACAAGCAUCGAGUGUUAGUGGAAGUAGUAGUUGGUGUCUCAGGCAAGCCAUAAUUGAAACGCUGAGGUGCACAAAAAGACACUUGCCAAACUUGAGUGUUCUUGACCCUAGAGAGGGUAAAGAAUGCAAGGAUUCAAAGUGAAUAUUUCUGUGGAUAUAUUAUUCAAACAACUUGACUAUUCCUUGGAUAUUCCUCAAGUAUAAGAAGUACAAUACUUUGACCAGAGGAUAUAUAUAAUAAUUUAUUGAAGUGUUCAGGGGGUCUUUAUUUUUGUGCUAUUUAUUCUGCUGCAGACUCCUUUAGAAUAAACUCAUGGAUUUAAUUACACAUUCUUUAGAAUGUUAUGGAAAUUUCAAGAAUCAUUUCACAUUCAAGUGACCAUUCUAUUGAGUAGUAUAUUUGUAAGUAUAGAAUUUUUGAAUGUAGUAUAUUUUGGAAGUUUCGUGAUGUAGAAUUUAUAAUGCUAUUAACAUUUUGUCACUAUAUUUAUAUUAUUUAUUGUCAUUUUUCACCGAAGACUCAGUUGUAUUUGUAUCUGCGCUUAUUUUGUAUGACACAAGCUGACAAAAUCAGAGCUAGAGUAUAGCUGUAGAAGAUAGUCAAUGUAAUGCUGAAAAUGAUGAUAGUCACUAAAUUUGUGAAAUAUUUCAAAUUUUUAUUGCAAUGAUCAGUGCAUAUUUGUGCUUGUCCUUGUGCAUGUGCAACUUCAACUGUUUUGUAUACCAGGACAUGGAAAGAUUGUCCUACCAUCUGCAUGUGUUGUACUUGUGACUUAGCCAAAGAAAUUUGGGCCAUUUUAAGUGGAAGAAUUAAAUGUCUGAUACACAAAGGAUGAAA